AUGCCGGGAUAUACGUUGCCUAUGAACGGCUCAAUUGAUUCACGCUAUUUGUGUUUGCUGUGCAAAAACAUCCUCAAAGAUCCUGUCCAGACGGGUUGUGGCCAUGUUUACUGCAUCUCUUGUAUUUCUCACCUCAAGGGGGAUGAUGGAACCUACAUCUGUCUUGUUGACAAGGCACCCUUUGCGGAAGACCAGAUAUUCCCCGACAACUUUAUGAAGCGCGAAGUUCUUUCCCUCGUAGUCACGUGCCCUAAUUCACCAGAUGGCUGUAAGUGGAAAGGAGAAGUGAGAUAUAUUGAGAAACACCGAUCUACCUGCCCUGAGGAAAGAGUAAACUGCUCUAACUGUAACUGUCAAAAACGUGUGAAAAGAUCCGAUCUUCAGCGACAUCAGGAACAUGAGUGUCCGUAUCGCACCCAACAAUGUCCGUUGUGCGGUGAUUCCAUGACUGCUGCUGUUCUUGAGACUCAUCAAAUACAGGAUUGCAAAAUGUAUCCCAUUCAAUGUCCCGGAUGUGGCAAAGAAGGAAUUCCGCGAGGAGAGAUGGAUAGCCAUGUUAAUCCCAUUCAUGGUGACUGUGAGGCAGUCGAGAGGACCUGUGCAUUUCAACAGAUUGGUUGCAGCAACAACAAGAAAAUGAAGCAAUCCGAGGUCAAGAAACAUAAUGAGCUGAGUGCAAUUUUGCACUUAAAUCUACUCUUGACGAGUGUUCUUCGGCUAGAAGAGCAAGUGAAAAGUCAGCUCUCUAUGGGUGGUGCAUGGGGUGGUGGCACCUCCGAUCAGUGGAUGAGACGAUCGGAGAUGACCAUCGCUAACGCCAUAUCAAGCAUCGACACAGUGGUACGCGAGCAAACCGACUUACGACAGAAGCUAAAAGAUAAUUCUAUGAGACUUGUGUCGAUGGAAAAAAGAGUUUCAACUCAUAGAGACCAGUUCCCACAAUCGGCAACUUUCUCUUCGUUACAACCUCUCCCCAUUUCGGACGAGAUUUCACGACGUCUCACAAAUGCCGAAAAUGGCACCAAUAAUAUCGAGUUCUUGGUAAACGAAACAAGGCGUGAGUUGAACGAAGUCAGACAAGAAGUAUCGUCUGUUAAACGCCAAUUGGAUGGCGCGGUGGACAGUAUUAGACGACUCGAACGAAGAAUGGAGUCUGUAGAACAUAAUUUGGCGCUCAGAAAUGUUGUUUUGUCUGAUAUCGAAGAACAUGUUCAACAGCAGCAAGUUUCUACAUAUAAUGGGAUCUUACUCUGGAAAAUAUCGGAUUUUGCACGUAAGAAAAAUGAUGCCAUAACUGGGCGAGAGGUUUCAAUAUAUAGCCCGUGCUUUCAUACCAGUCAGCAUGGUUACAAAAUGUGCGCGCGACUUUACUUAAACGGUGAUGGAAUGGGUAAAGGAACCCAUCUGUCGCUGUUCUUCAUUGUCAUGCGUGGAGACUACGAUGCAUUACUCCGCUGGCCAUUUAGACAGAAGGUGACCUUCAUGCUGUUGGAUCAAGAUAACGUAGAGCACGUGGUUGAUGCUUUCAGACCCGAUCCAAACAGUUCAUCUUUCCAAAGGCCGCGAAGGGAAUCAAACAUUGCGAGUGGGUGCCCGAUGUUUUGUUCUCUAUCGGAGUUAAAUAACCACGCCUAUGUGAGAGACGAUGUUAUGUUCCUGAAGGUUAUUGUAGACACAACAGAUCUCUGAAAAUGUCGGAGCUUUGAGUGAGGGCAAGGAAAAAAGGGUAGAGGUAGCUAAGAAAUAUCCAUAAAAUUCAAUCGUUUCAUGAAGAAAAGGUGAGUAGUUUCUGUGAAACUAUGCAGCGAGAGAAAACAGAGUAAGAAGAAAACAUAUUCCAUAACAUUCGACAAAUUUUCCUUGACAAUCACUGAUGUGUGGAAUACGCUAUUAGUUCUUACAAUUCAGUAAUUGUAGAAACGACUUGAAAUCGAUAGAGUAGUCCUCUGCAGGAAAAGCGCAUGCGAAAGUUAUCUAAAGAAAUGUAGUACAAAUGCAAGAUGGAUAACUUUGCAAACUGCCAUACAAGCAUUCGUUUGAAAGUGCUUUCACGUAGGACCCCUUUUGACAUUCGAUAGAGUCUUCUAUGGUCCUCGUUGCACUGAAACAGGAUUCUGUUGUAGUGUAUGAACACUCCACGAGAAGGUUUGUGUGAAGCCAACUAAUUAAGUCGUACUUGAUGCGGCAUCAACAGUGCGGAUUCGAUUUUGUACAUUCCCUUUAGAACUUUUAUCCAGCAUUUUACCGAUCACAUAUUUCUUGAAAGUCUUCAGCAAUUUACGGAAGUAUUUUCCGAGCUCUACCGCAGAGAGAAAAAGUAGCGGAAGCCGGGAGAGCUAAAGCCUAUGGGUUCAAAGUGAGCCUGCGUUAUAAAGAUGACAAUUGUUUUGAAGCACUGAGUAAUUUGUGUGUAGAGGAUAUUCAAUAUUAUACACCACUUUUGCACGACCAAUGGGGUGGCUGACCUUAGCUAAACUCGCCGGUGAUUCCAGUUAGAGCCUGAUUUAAUUACACUGAGAAACUCCUUUAAUCGA